AACCAAAAGUGAAAAGAAACGCGUAAUUCACACAUCUCGGACACCGCUUCUUAACCCUAGUUUUUAUUAAUCCAGAAAAAAAGAUACAACUGUGUUUCUCGAGUUGAGUGUGAAGUUUUGUUGACGAGGAAGGAAGAGUAAAGAAAAGAGAAUAUUCUUCAAUUCCGAUCGAUAGUUUUGACGGGACUUCACCAAUUGUUUAUACGUUAGUAACCCAAGGAAUUUAGAUCUUUGAAGCAAUAAUCCAUCCCCAAGCACAUAAUUUGAAGUUCUCUUGAGUGGAAACAACACUUUAAGACUAGCACAUACAUCUGCAUCAGGCACUAAUGGCAGAUACUGCUUCGAGCUUUUGGGGUCCUGUUACAUCAACCACAGAAUGGUGUGAGAAGAAUUAUGCAUAUUCUUCUUAUAUUGCUGAAUUCUACAACACUAUCUCAAACGUCCCAUGCAUACUGUUGGCAUUUAUUGGACUUAUAAAUGCCUUGAGACAGCGUUUUGAGAAAAGAUUUAGUGUCCUUCACAUUUCGAACAUGAUACUGGCCAUUGGGAGCAUGCUUUUCCAUGCAACCUUACAACAUGUACAACAGCAGAGUGACGAAACACCAAUGGUUUGGGAAAUGCUCCUUUAUCUCUAUAUCCUUUACUCCCCAGAUUGGCACUACAGGAGCACAAUGCCAACUUUCUUGUUUCUCUAUGGUGUUAUGUUUGCCGUCGCUCAUUCCCUAGUGCGUUUUGGUAUUGGCUUCAAGUUUCAUUAUGCACUCCUUUGUCUCAUAUGCAUCCCUCGAAUGUACAAGUACUACAUCUACACGGCAGAUGCAUUCGCAAAACGUCUUGCCAAGUUCUACGUGCUAACUAUAUCUCUAGGGACUCUGUGUUGGCUUGGUGAUCGUUUGUUCUGUAAAGAGAUCUCUGGCUGGUAUUUUAACCCACAAGGUCAUGCAUUCUGGCAUGUCCUUAUGGGUUUGAACUCCUAUUUUGCAAAUACAUUUUUGAUGUUUUGCCGUGCCCAGCAACUGGGAUGGUCCCCAACGGUUGUUCACUUCAUGGGAGUAUUGCCUUACGUGAAGAUUCAAAAGCCAAAGGCUCAGUAAAGAGAAGAGUAGAGAUAGGCAGAACCCAGAAGAACUGGAUCUUGAAGUUUUGAGUUGUUUGAAGAUUUAGGAACGGUGAGGAAGCAAAAACAAUUGAUCGAAGUUGGUUUCCGUUUGUUUUUCUUCCUCAAAAUAGAUGUAAAUUGAUUAUUUAAUAUUGAUUUUGGUUGGGUAGGAUUCUCCCUGUUUAGUUUUAGUGGUAUAUCCAGUAUAAAACUAGCUUGUGCUUCAAAUAUACCAUAGAUCUUUUCUCUGAUGGGAAUUAUUAGUUGUGCUUGAAAUAUACCAUAUAUCUUUUCUCUGAUGGGAAUUAUUAGAGCAGAUCUUUCCUCUGAAA